AUGGCUACCACUACUGCUACGGCAGUCCAGAGUAGUCGCCCUCCGAUUCUCCCCAAGGACUUCUCCGCCCAGCAGCCGGAGACCAUUCGCCUAUACCCUCUGUCGAAUUACACAUUCGGCACAAAAGAAACACAACCGGAGGAGGAUCCGUCUGUUCUUGCGCGCCUCAAGCGAUUGGAGGAGCACUAUGACCUCCAUGGCAUGCGGCGCACUUGUGAGGGUAUCCUGGUCUGUCACGAACACAACCACCCGCACGUCUUGAUGCUGCAGAUCGCCAACGCCUUUUUCAAACUGCCUGGCGAUUAUCUGCACCACGAGGACGAGGAAAUCAAUGGCUUCAAGAAGCGAUUGAAUGAGCGCCUAGCCCCCGUGGGCUCACAGUUCUCUGGAGAAGGUGUGAAUGAGGACUGGGAGAUUGGUGACACUCUGGCUCAAUGGUGGCGACCGAACUUUGAGACCUUCAUGUACCCGUUCCUGCCUGGGCACGUCACACGACCUAAGGAGUGCAAGAAGCUCUACUUCAUCCAACUGCCCAAGAAGAAGGUCCUCUCAGUCCCUAAGAACAUGAAGCUUUUGGCCGUACCGCUGUUCGAACUAUACGACAACACCGCCCGCUAUGGCCCCCAGCUUUCAGCCAUCCCUCACUUGCUUUCGCGAUACAACUUCGAAUUCGUGGAUGAGAAUGACAAUGUCGUUGCCGUGACCCCUGGCACACCUCUGGCAGAGAACCAGAUCCCGCGCACCAAGGUCCUGGCUGGUGAUGACGGGCAGGACACCGGAAUGACGGACAUUGGAGACGGGGAGCGAGAGGGAUAG